AUUUUACCGUCCGCCGCUUAUGCUUUAAUAAUCAAAAAUGUCUGUGUGAAAAGAACACUUAUAUAAGGUCGUGCUAGUGCGAUCUAUAACUUUUUCCCCCUCUUGUCAUUUUCUUUCUUCACGUAAAAAGACAUAGGACAAUGAAAAUUGAAGAUCUUGGUCAAGCGACUUCCGGCAUUCGAAAAGGUCAUGAGCUGAAUGCAGCAGCAUUGGAAGACUUUUUGGUCAAGCACGUCCCAGGCUUCGUCCGCCCGCUGGAAAUAAGCCAAUUCAAGCUGGGCCAAUCAAACCCGACUUAUAUGCUUCGAGACGGCAGCAAGCAGCAAUAUGUCAUGCGUAAAAAGCCGCCAGGACAGCUCUUGUCAAAGACGGCCCAUGCAGUGGAGCGUGAAUUCCGGGUCUUGGACGCACUGGGCAGGUCUUCCGAUGUGCCUGUUCCAAAGGUCUACGCCCUUUGCGAGGAUAAUUCGGUGCUAGGAACUCCAUUUUAUGUCAUGGAGUUCCUAGAGGGCCGUAUCUUUUCUGAUGUGCGCUUACUUUCAAUGCCUUAUGAAGAACGCAAGAAGUGCUGGUAUUCUGCCGUACGAACACUUGCCCAAUUGCACAAGGUGGACUAUGCAAAAGUCGGUCUGAAAGGAUACGGAAAAGAUGCAGGGUUUUACGACAGACAGAUGAACUCAUUUGCCAAGAUAUCAAAGACUCAGGGUGCAGUCAAGGACGAGGAUACCGGAGAGCUGGUGGGCGAUAUCCCCAAAAUCGACGAAUUGUUCGCGUGGUUCAAGCGCAAUCAGGUUACCGACCAAGCUACAAUUGUCCAUGGCGAUUUUAAAAUUGACAAUAUGAUCUUCCACCCUACAGAACCACGUGUGAUUGGUGUCUUGGACUGGGAGUUAUCGACCAUUGGCCAUCCACUGUCUGAUCUAGCCAAUCUGUUAUUUCCUUUCUAUCUUCCUUCGGAUCUGCCAAAUAUUGCUGGUUUUAAAGGAGCCAAAGACCUACCCAUUCCAGGAGCCGAUGAGCUCAUGCAGGUAUAUUGUACGACAGUCGGGAGACCUUAUCCGAUUGACCGCUGGAUGUUCUGUAUUGCCUUUUCUGCGUUUAGGUUGGCUGUGAUUUUCCAAGGCAUUGCAGCUCGUGCAGCACGUAAGCAAGCAUCAUCUGCACAAGCUAAAACGAACGGUGAGCGGCGCCAUCCAAUGACUAAAAUUGCCCUCGAAUACCUGGAACUAGGUGAUCUCCCCCGACUUUCCGGUAGUAAGCUGUAGUAGUAGCAGUAUUAAUGUCACUUGUACUUUGAUUGAACGAUUAAUAAUAAUGAAAACCUACCUUGUAAUUGUAUAAAACUCUGGUCUAUGUAUUAAGAAGAAAAAAGCCCACAAAGGAUGAAACAAACCACUGCAUAAUACACAUCUGUAUUUAUUAUUUCACGCGCGCACUUUUUCCUUUGAGGAAAAGAAAGGGCAUCUGACCUGAACG